GUUGGAGUUUCCGAGCAAGUCAAAAAGUAACAUGAGUGCGUUCUAUUACUUUAUGACGCAUUGUGGGCGUGGUUACAUCUUUUAAAUUUGACGAGAAAGCGAAAAACGUAUCGUUUCUCGGACGCCAUGGAUUCAGCGGACACAGAGACUGUAAGGGGGCUUCCGCUGCGGGAGCAGAGAAUUCGUAUUCAACAACUAGAGAAAGAGUCCGAACACAAUGCAGCAAGAGAGAUCUUGGAAAAUGACCACAAACUCCCUCGCGAUGCGAAGACACUGGGCAAUUAUCUGCUAGAUCGAGGGCCCGCCCUCCAGAACAUCGUGGAGAAGCAACAGCGUCGAUUGUGCACCCUGGUUGAGCAGCACAAUGGCUUGCAGUACACACUUCGGUUAAGAGAGUCCCAGCUGCUGGAGAUGGAGAAUACCAUGAAGAGUCUGGAGCGGCACAGUAAUCCAGAUCCGAAAAAGCGACAUUAUGAUCAGAGUGUUCGACUGUUGGAAAACUGUCUUGAGAAAAUGAGUAUGAAGAUCACUGAGGCAGAACAUAUCCAGAACACAUACAUUCGAGUGGAAGAGCACAUACACCGGGAAGUGAGGGAGAUGCCCCAGGUUCUAGACAAACUACAGUCUACUGUGAUGCGUGGCCAGACGGAGCUCAGUGAAGUGGCCCAGAUAUCUCAGUCCGCCCUGGCCGCAGUGGAGAGCACUAAGGGAAUGCUGGUCCAGUUGGAGAGACAGCUGAUGACGGAGCGGCAAGUCAUAGAUGGCAAGCUGAACACCAAGCACCUGGAGAAAGAGAGAGGGGUGGAGGGACGCCUGGAAAGAGAGGAGGGCGACAGGCGCAUCAGCCGUGCCUCAAACCGAUCAAAGGACCAGAAAAAGUCAAUCAUGCCCAAAGAAGACCUCACUGACACCAUUGAUCCCGUUGGUGUCCGAGUGGCCCAGAAGUCACCCACUCCAACCAACACACAGCAGUCCCACAUGAAAAUGGCGAAGGAAAUGGAUGAUCUAAAGGAGGCCCUCGGCUGCACUGACCUGCAGGAGCUGGAGAGCAGGCUGGUGUCCCAGACGGCCACACAGCAGCAGCUGCACACCCAGAUGAAGCAGUGCGAGGAGCGGGCGGCCCAGAAGCAGGAGGAGCUGGCCGCCCUGGAGCUGCAGUACGCCCAGAUCAAGUUCAACCCCGGGCCUGGCUGUGAGAGGUGA